AUGUCUAACGUUUCUCUAAAGACUGUCACAGCUACCAUUAUCCUAGACUCCAACGGGUCUAGGCUUUAUGCCAAGUACUAUACGCCGGAAGCACAAACCAGCACCAACGCAUCUAAUUCCAAUUCACCAUCCGCUAUACCUACGUUGUCACCAUUGCAACAGUUGGAGUUCGAAAAGAAUGUAUUCAAGAAGGUGUUCAAGCAAAACCAAGAUAUCAUUCUCUAUGAUAACCAUUUGAUUACUUACAAGCAAUCAAACGACAUCAUAUUGAUCCUUGUGGCACUGAUCCAUGAAAAUGAAUCCAUGAUUUACUCUUUAACCAACAACUUAAUUGAGGCAUUGAACAUUUUAUUGGACAAUACUUUGGACGAGGCCACUAUCUUGGAGAAAUACGACUUGGUGAGUUUGUGUAUUGACGAAACCAUUGACGAUGGGAUCAUUUUGGAAAUUGAUCCUGCCAUCAUUGUUUCCAGGGUCACCAACCCAAGAAACGCCAACAACGCAGCUGUCGGCGAGAUAUCGUUAAACAAGAUUGACUUGAGUGAAAAGGGUUUGUUCAACGCAUUAUCGUUUGCAUCAAAGAAGAUUGGUGAGAGAUUACAACAGGGUUUGUAA